AUGACGGACGCCACAGGUGGAGCAGGAUAUGUUUUAGAUGAAUUGACGGAUUUGACAGCUGUGGUGGCAGUACUCAUGACGGACGCCACAGGUGGAGCAGGAUAUGUUGUAGAUGAAUUGACGGAUUUGACAGCUGUGGUGGCAGUACUCAUGACGGACGCCACAGGUGGAGCAGGAUAUGUUGUAGAUGAAUUGACGGAUUUGACAGCUGUGGUGGCAGUACUCAUGACGGACGCCACAGGUGGAGCAGGAUAUGUUUUAGAUGAAUUGACGGAUUUGACAGCUGUGGUGGCAGUACUCAUGACGGACGCCACAGGUGGAGCAGGAUAUGUUUUAGAUGAAUUGACGGGUUUGACAGCUGUGGUGGCAGUACUCAUGACGGACGCCACAGGUGGAGCAGGAUAUGUUUUAGAUGAAUUGACGGAUUUGACAGCUGUGGUGGCAGUACUCAUGACGGACGCCACAGGAUCAUAA